CCUGGGGCAGGAGCUGGGAAGCCCAGGGGCUGUGUCUUACCCUGCACUCUCCUCUCCCCUCAGGGGACACCUCGGUCCUCGCCGGCCUGUACGGCCCCGCGGAGGUGAAAGUCAGCAAGGAGCUGUAUGACAAGGCCACUGUGGAAGUGCUGCUCAAACCCAAAGUGGGGCUCCCGGGUGUCUUCGAGAAGAACCGGGAGCAGCUGAUCAGGAAGACGUGUGAGGCGGUUAUCCUGGGCGCCCUGCACCCCCGAACCUCCAUCUCCAUCGUGCUGCAGGUGAUCAGCGACGCGGGCGCCGUAUCCUUCACCAGCAGCACUCUCCAGUGGGGGCCCCCCUGCUCCUCCGGCCCGAGCCCGACAGAACUACUGCUUGUCGCCUCUAGGGGGCAGCAGCGACUGUCCUGGGCAUUGGUCUCCUGUCGGGCACUGGGCUGGGGCUGCCUGCUCGACUGA